CACAUUUUAGAGCACAGCCUAAUAGAGUGUGUGACAGCUGAAGAGUCGGUGAGGCGGCUGGUUCGGAUUCCUGCGGCCGGUAAUGAAAUGGGAAAGCAGGGAAAGCCCUUCAGAGGGAUAUUUUAUGGGAUUGGAAGGACUUUUAUUACUCGAAUAGUGUUUAAAAUCCUGACUUGGACAAGGACAUUUUAGAAGGACAACUUCUUACUGGGACAAUAAAAGGACAUUUUAUGUUAUUCUUAUUUUAAAAAGAAACUUGACUUAUGUAUUGAUAAAACACACACACACAUAAACACACACAAACACACACACACACACACACACACACGAAAUAUUUUUAAUUGCCUCUAAACUGUCAGGAAUCACAGAGCUCCAUUUUAAACAUGCACAGAACGUUGACCUUGGCUCUUCCUUCCAAAAUAUACGAAGCUUCCUGUAGUAAUAAUUAUUUCUCAUCCCCAUUUCUCCCUCCUUCACAGGAGACUGACGCUCGAUGGAUUACGUUUUUUUCCCCGCUCCGAAGGCAGACCUCAUCUUUUCCAUGACACCAUGAACCCGAGCUUGGGGACACGGGGGCUGAAAGAGUAACGAGUUGGAAGAAACCGGCGUAAGAAGAAGAAAGGCGAGAGAGCUAGAAAAGCCGGACCGUGAAGAUGCCGAGACGGAGAAGCGAGAUGCAGAGAGACGUGUGGACUCGGAUCGUGCUGGCGUGGAUUACCUGUGUAUGCUUCGGCUCCUCGGCGCCGUUUGUCAACCAGUCACGAAGUUUAGAAACGAGCCAGAGUUCAGAAAGUGAGACUUCCCAGCUGGAAGGACGACACGUCCUCCAUAGGGCCAAAAGAGGAUGGGUUUGGAAUCAAAUGUUCGUGCUGGAGGAAUUCUCUGGACCUGAUCCGAUCCUUGUUGGCAGGCUCCACACAGAUCUAGACGUGGGGAAUAAGAACAUCAGGUACGUUCUGGCCGGAGAAGGAGCAGGGACCAUCUUCGCCAUCAAUGAGCUGACGGGCGACAUCCACGCCAUGAAGAGGCUGGACCGCGAGGAGAAGGCGGAGUACACGCUCACGGCGCAGGUCAUCAACCGAGACACCAAUGAGCCGCUGGAGCCUCCGUCAGAGUUCAUCAUCAAAGUGCAGGACAUCAAUGACAAUCCGCCGCAGUUCAUCGAGGGGCCGUACCAGGGCUCGGUGCCCGAAAUGUCGCCCGUCGGAACCUCGGUGACGCGGGUCACAGCCACGGAUGCAGACGAUCCGGUGUACGGGAACAGCGCCAAACUGGUGUACAGCAUUCUGGAAGGACAGCCGUAUUUCUCCAUUGAUCAAAACACCGCAAUCAUUAAAGUCGCCCUGGCCGGGAUGGAUCGAGAGAUGAGGGAGGAUUAUCUGGUGGUCAUUCAGGCUAAAGACAUGGGUGGUCACAUGGGGGGAUUAUCUGGGACCACCACAGUCACCGUAAUGCUGACGGACAUUAACGAUAACCCGCCCAAAUUUUCCAAAGGCUCGUACGAGUUCACCAUCUCCGAAGACCUCGGCAUGGGAAAACCCGGAGGACGAGUGAAAGCGAACGACCGAGACAUCGGAGAAAACGCGAAAUCGACGUACAGUAUCAUAGCGGGAGACGAGAAGGACGUGUUCGAGAUCGUGACUGACGCUCAGACUCAGGAGGGAAUCCUCACUCUGAAAAAGGCUGUGGACUUUGAGAGUAAAAACUUUUACAACCUGACGGUGGUGGCGACCAACAUUCGGCCUUCAGCGACCGGAGCCCCGUUUAUGGACCAAACGACGAUCAAAAUCAUUGUAGAGGACGCGGACGAGCCGCCCGUCUUCACAAAGUCCACUUAUGUGUUUGAAGUGCAUGAGAAUGCCGCCAUUAACACCGUCGUCGGAACCGUUACAGCCCGAGACCAGGACGCUACACGCAGCCUCAUCAGGUACUCGAUCGAUCGGCACACAGAUCUGGAGAGGCAGUUCAAUAUCCAUGUGGACGACGGGAAGAUCACGUUAGCCAAACCGCUGGACAGAGAGACCGAUACGUGGCACAACAUCACCGUGACGGCUACAGAAGUCCGGAACCACAGCCAGAUCUCCCGAGCGAUAGUGGCGAUCCGAGUGCUGGAUAUAAACGACAACGCUCCUGAAUUUCCCACCGAGUACGAAGCCUUUCUUUGCGAAAACGGCAAACCCGGUCAGGUGAUCCAGACCAUCAGUGCUGUGGACAGAGACAAUCCGGCUCAAGGACACAUGUUCCACUACAGACUGGAGAUGCUGAACAACCCGAACUUCACCAUUAAAAACAACUUAGACAAUUCCAUCAGCAUCUUGGCGAAGCACGACUCGUUUCGCCGUCAGAAACAGGAAGUGUACCUGCUGCCCAUCGUGGUGAGCGACGACGGAGAUCCGCCGAUGAGCAGUACCAACACGCUGACCAUCCGAGUGUGCGGCUGCAGUAAAGACGGCGUGGUUCAGUCGUGUAACGUCGAGGCCUUCGUCCUGCCCAUCGGCCUCAGCAUGGGGGCGCUGAUCGCCAUCCUCGCCUGCAUCAUCCUACUGCUGGUGAUCGUGGUUCUGUUCGUGACUCUGCGGCGGCACAAGAGUGAACCGCUGAUCAUCAAAGACGAGGAGGACGUUCGUGAGAACAUCAUCACGUACGACGACGAGGGCGGCGGCGAGGAGGACACGGAGGCGUUCGACAUCGCCACUCUGCAGAACCCCGACGGCAUCAACGGCUUCCUGCCUCGCAAAGACAUCAAACCCGAGCUGAGCUACAGCAUCCGCGCCGGACUCAGACCCGCGGCCAAUGGCGUCGACAUCGACGAGUUCAUUAACGUCCGGCUCCACGAGGCUGAUAACGACCCGACGGCACCACCGUACGACUCCAUCCAGAUCUACGGCUAUGAAGGUCGAGGAUCGAUGGCUGGAUCUUUGAGCUCGCUGGAAACUUCUUCGUCAGAUUCGGACCAGAAUUUCGAUUAUCUCAGAGAGUGGGGCCCGCGGUUUAGAAGACUCGGAGAGCUCUACUCGGUGGGCGAGAGCGACAAAGAAACUUGAGGCAUUCCUCUUUUUUUUUCACCUUCAUGAUGUUCGCAUUAUGGUGCUCGCCAGACCACGAUUAAAACGCAUCUGUUUCAAAAUGGCGGGAACUUUUUUGUUUUUUAUUUAUUUUUAUUUUUUGGAAACUGUUAGAGACAAACAUACUAGGGUUAGUCAUCCACAUCAAAGUGCAUAAAGGGGCUGAACUUCACCACCACCACGGUGUCUGUCGUAGGAGGUCACUGAUCCUUGUGGAGUCUUUUAGAUUAAGUGUUUUUGGCUCGUCGUUUGUUCACUGUGACCACCGGAAAUGUAGGUUCUCGUCGGUCAUGUAAAGAGAAAGACGGAAAACGAAAAGGUUUCAGAGAUGUGGAUGAACUUCCGAGGCCUCAAAAUGGUUCCACACGUCUCCUUAACAUCAUCCAGCCAAUCCGAGGAAGAAAGGAACCUUACAAAAUCGACUAAAAAGCAAUAUAUGGUCUACUAUAUUGAAUGUAUGUGUGUAUGUUUAAAGGUGAGAUAAGUGUACAAUAUUGGCUUUAAUAGAUAUUAGUUGAGAUAGCAUUUGAUACCGAGUGGCCGGAUUUCCUGAAAAGCCUCGCGGCUUGCUUUAUACACCACGUUUGUAUUCACGCUCUUAGUGUGUUUCACACUCGAACAUUAGUAGCCUAUAACAGACUGAAGACAAAAAGAGAAAUGUAGAAACAACGAGGCCUUCUUUUUACAGAAGCAAACAUUAAAUACGGUUGUAUUUGAACAUUUUUGGAAACAUCAAUCGUGUUUACUUCACUAGCGUAGUAUGAUUUAUAAAUAUAUGGAUAUUCAUUGUCUGUUUUGUGCUGCGGGUAUAAAAAAAAAAAAUAUGGUGUC